UUUUUUUAUGUCAGCGAGUAUAAUGAAUACAAUGACUGAUAGGGGAAAUGAAAUAAUAUAAAUUUGUUUAUGAUAUUUUUAUUUUGUUGACGUGUUAUUUUAAAGAAAUCCUCUGAUAGUUAGACAUGUCAAACAAAUCCAUGGACAAUGGCGACCUGAAGGAAGAUACAGUUUUGGUCGGUGUAAACUUGCUAUCGGACGGAAGCAAAGAGUACAUGUCAAGUCUAGGAGCAAUACUGGUAACAACAGAAGAAAUUGCACACCUGACAUUGCCGCAGUUGAGACAAAGAAUUAAUGAACAGAUCACAUGUUUUCCCUCCAGCUUUAGGUUUUGUUCAUCACAAAGAUGGCCCAUAUCAGCUUUACAGGAAAAGCAGCUGAAACUGAAAAGUCUCAUUUCUCCUGAUAAAAACAUAUUUAUUCAACAAGUUUAUGAAAAACCAAAGAUUGGCAUCAAAAACAAGGCAGGCAUACCACUUGGCUUUGUUUUCUCAGAGCCGGAGCAGACUUUAGCAAACCUUAGAUCUGUGUUAAACAGGGAGGUAGCAUUCUUCAGUGGAAUUCAUGAUAAGUAUCAGUUUCUGGAUGGAAAUGGCUGGCCAGUCAACAAACCUAUGGAAGACUCUACCUGGGUUUCUGAGGUGCUUCUUAGUUCUUGUGUUUUGGUGUGUUCUGACUUUUGUGGUGUUGAAGCUGAUGAUGUUGAUGGAAGCCCAUCUCUACCCAGGGAGCCUCCCAAUAAAAGACAUAAAGGACUCAAGCAGCUUUCCUUCUCUACCUGCAAAGAUUUUGAACGACAGUGGAGCUCAAACAGUUCUGUUCACCUCUCACCUCCACAUUUUGCAACAGCACCAGUCAGCACAGACAGCAACACUGAUCAUCUCUCGCAGAGCAACACCAGGAAGCAGCUGCUUAUCAGCUAUGUGCGGGCAGAGGCAGCUGAAUAUGCUGUUCACUUGAAAAACAAGUUGGCAGAACUGGGUCACAGUGUAUAUCUGGAUGUUCAUGAGAUAAAGAUUGGUGUAGACUGGCAAGACUCCCUGAACUUUGCAGUCAGCAACUGUGAGAUCUUUAUCCCACUGGUGACACCAAGAUAUGGUGAAACACUGUGGACCAACAGAGAGGUGAAACUGGCAGAUGUGUUGGGAAAGUAUAUUCUGCCUGUAAGCUUUCUUACAGACUGGCCUCCUCGUUGUUUAGCAAUUCAGUUUGCCACAACUCAGUACAUUUCUUGUAGAAAGCAACAGCAACAACAACAGCUUGAAGAACAUGGAAAUUCACAAGGAGGUAAGGCUGUUAGCUGCGUAGUAAGUUGGGAAACAGAGGAUGUUGAAUUCACGGCAGCUGAGAUCAGCCAGCGAUUGAAGCCCCUUAGCAAAUCCACUAAGACACUUCUCUCUGCUCCUAAACUAGCCAGAAUGGAAACUUUGCAGAGGACCUUCAUGGGGAAACUGCCAUGCUCAAACCGAAGUUUGUCAGAGCCUGAAGAUAUUCCACCUACUACUAGCAAACCACUAGUUGUAGUGUGUUUGCACCCAUUUCAGUCAGAUUUUGGUCAGGAACUAAAAUGCUGGCUUGAAAAUGGGUCUUACAUGGUGUGGUUAUCCUGUGAACUGGGCUUUCCUGCUAAUGACCCAGAAACACAGCCACUGGCACUCAGUCAGCAGUCUGAUGGUGAUGGAGCAAAUCCUUUGGAGGACCAUAUUAAAAGAUUUCAAGAUGUGGCUGACAGAGCUUCUAUCAUCCUUGUCAUCCUGUCUAAAAAAUUUUCUAAAUCAAGCACUUGCAAGCAGCAGCUUUUUUACUGUGAGCAGAGGAAACCCAUCAUCCCCGUCCACUAUGAGAAAUUCACCAUGCCUAGCUGGCUGAGUAUGCUAAUUGGAUCAGACUCUUUAGAGGGUGUCCAUCUGCAUAAUUACAAGCAGACACUACAGGCUCGCAUUCAACGCAUGCUAAGUCCAGCUGCUAAAGAAAACCUGGAGGAAUGGAGCAAAGAAGCCAAAAUUUAUCAUUCAGUGGAACACAUCAGAAAAACAAUCAAAAUAGACAACUGUGUAUACAUCACAGGCAGUACCAGUUUCUUCAACCCAAGAUCAGAAGAGAUAUGCAGGUCUAUUGGGAAGAGUCUUGCAUAUGUUGACAACAUUAGCAUAGCAACUGGUGGCUUUUUCGGUGUUGGAGAAACAGUUGCACAAGCGUUUCAUGAAGAAGUUCAGCACAGGUUACAGAAGAAAGAUGUGUGGCACAUUCUUCCAGACAGAGAUUCAAAGGACUGGUCCAAGCAGGCAAAGCAAAAUUUGGAUGGCACAUUUGCAGUCGCCAGUUUUGGUAAAACAUUGUUCUGUGGUGACAGUGUACGCCAGAGAGAAACCAUUGUUGGACGCUGCUUUGAAGUCUGCAUUCUCAUUGAAGGGGCAGCACAUGAAACUGAAGAAUUUGCUUGGAACGAUCAUGUAGUUGUUCCAGUCAUCUGCACAGGGGGUGCUACAAGUGGAGAUUUGUCUGUACCACAUAAGAUCUUUAAGGUGCCUCAAGGGGUAUCACCAUCAGACUGGGAGUAUCUACACUACAGUGAUAUUUCUGUCGAUGACAUUGGCAAGUGUGUAUCCAGGAUUGUGUCUGGAAUUCUUCAGCACUUAGCAUCUAGUAAGGAGGCAGAGGCAGUUCUAUUGAGUAGUCCUCGUACUCCAGUAUCCAGCAGCUUUUCUCCAAAAAAUAGCAAGUCUUCCUUAACAGCAAGAACUCCAAAGACAUCGCCAUCUCCUGUGAAAUCCAAAUUUUCUCUGAACACCAUGAAAACCAUGCUGCUAGAGUGAAGCUCUGUAAAUUUUAUUUGUCCUGUUUGGUCUCUGAGGUCCAAACUCUGACUACAUCUUUUGGGUAUGAUGGUAACAUUUACUGCCUUGAACUUGAUGCAUUUAUUAUUUCUUUGUUAAAUUCCUUUUCUAUUAGGAAUCUCACAUUUUAUCUGUCACUCACCAUAUAACUGGUUUCUUUUUUUUACAAUAUUAAAUCUCAUUGCUGUGUGCAUGACCUUUCGUUUUCAAGAUGCAAGCUGUCAAACAUUUACAUAUACAAAAAAGAUAAAACCUGAGACUUCUUGUCAGAAUAUGUUGUCAAGGCUACAACUAGUGAGAGAAGUGCAAGGGUAUGUUGAUUGACACACCCAUGUUCAUGACUUGGACUUGACCUCUUUCUAUUCACAUGAGUAUGGCUGAUUUUUAAAGGCUUGCAUCCUGUGAAUAGAAAUUUCUUAGUUCUUGUCAUAGAUGUUAUAUUUUGUUUCAAUUUUACUUCAUUUCAACUGUCUACUUUGACAUUUUUGUGAAAAAUUGAUUAAUUGAUCUAAAGUUAUGACAAGAUUUAGCAACUUAAUAGUUUGUUUUUAAUAGUGAAAACAUGUGAACAACCAUAGCCUGGUAGCUUGAUAGGGAGUAGAAGAAUGCUGCUUGGGAAUCGUUCAGGCCUGUGUUUAGAAAACUCCCCCUGCCAACCCAUAGCAGAAAUGGAUACCUAUGAUAAAAAGGGGCUUGAGAUGGUUGGGUUCUACCUUCAAUGUACUGUUGCCUUGACUCGCUAAACCACUCAUGUUUACUGCCUCUAGAGCCACUUUUCUGUACCUUUAUCUUGGCCAAGAAAGGUUGAAAUGUUUAUGAUUUAAAAAAAAAAAA